AUGGAGUGGACCAAACAACAAAACAUUCUCAGAGAUCUUUGUUCUGGGCGUUGCAGUUACAUUCAAUUUGCACCUUUGCACCAAGGUAAAAGAAAUAGACAGAACAGGGGAAAAGCAAUCAUAGGUUAUUAUAGCUACUUGUAUGCAAAGUAUUUUGCAUCAACCUUAUGGGAAAGAGUAUGCAAGGAGGAUCCAUUGUCAUUAGAGACUGGUACUAUUAUUAGAAAAAAGUUACUGCAACAUGGUGGAUCUAAAGAUCCUACACAGUUACUUAAUGAUCUUGCUGGUGAUGGGGCUGAACCAACACAUAUGUUAUUGCUGUUGUUGUAUCUGAUUCUUUUUGAUUCAUUGUCUACAAGACACUUCAAGGAGAUGGAAGCACAUACUGUUGUUGUACCUGAGGUUCAACCUUACACUCACACUCACAGACCCUAUCAACAACAAUCUUCAAUCCUUCAAUGUGAAUGUGAUCCUUAUGAUUCUCUCCUCCCAAUCCCAAGAUGUGUUGGACAUGAUGGCAGAGGUGUAAUAGAAAAGGAAGCUACCAUGGAAGAAGAAAGGCGAAAGGAGGAGGAGGCACGGAUUAAGUUAGAAGAAGUGAGAAUCACACAAGUGUCAUCGCCUCUAUUCUCUGCUAGUCGAUCACCACCGCCGGUUGAUCACCACCUCCAGUCGACUUCCACCCAUUGCAUCAGAAGAAGAUCAUAUACGGUACACCAAGCUGCUGCAACAGCCUAUGGUGCCUUGUGUGCAGUCUUAUGUUCACUCCUUAUUGGGUCAAAUGGAAGACAAAACCAUGUAAUUCUUGGAAAUUUAGUUGAUAGAUUUAUAGGAUGGGCAUUGUCAUUGUUUAGCAAUAUUAAUGUUGGUGAUGGGAUAGUGGAACUUGCAGCAGAAGGUCUUCAUGAAUUCCUCAAUGUUGCAGAAGGUCUUAAUGCUGAUUAUUUCUUCGGAUCAAGUUUAGCCGAAAGUUCUACCUAUGCAGAUUUAAAGGUUGAAGUAAUACUUGAUAAGUCUAUGAAGAUCAAUAACAUUACAGAUGCCAAAAUUGAAGCCACACUAUUUGAUAUCAAUACCAAUGAGGGUUCCAAUCUGCUAUCAACUAACGUGGCCAGUUUGGAGCUUCAGCAGCCCCCUCAUUUUCCUUUAGGGUUUCAUGGGUAUCGAUUAGAAGGAAAACUGAAAAAUCCCAAGCUUUGGUCUGCAGAGCAACUAAAUCUGUAUACAUUAGUUGUCACCCUGAAAGAUGCAUCAGGCAACAUUAUCGACUGUGAAUUAUGUCUAAGUAGGCAAGGAGGGGGUUACUCAAGGAAAAUUCAAAUGGUAGCAAAUAUUGGGCAUAUGGAGGGUCUACUAGAAGGAUUGGAGAUUGCAGCUAAGCUUCUAUCUAAGACUUCAUGCCAAGGACUUGAUGAAUUAAAGAUAUCAUAUUUUGGCAUGGCUAGAAGCUUUGGAGGAAACGAGACUCAAGCAAAAGUAAACACAUAG